ACAGAAGUAGCGGCGGAACGGAAGUCCCGUAUGUGCGCGGUCGCAGCUGCGGACUGCCGAGAGGAGAGCUGGGUCGGUUGAGCGGAGCUGUCGCUGCGGGAUGCUGGACACUCGGGUUUCGGAAGGUACCGCACCUGCCAUGAGCCAGUUACUAGAAUGGGAGAUGUUCAGGAGGUGGAUAUGAAUGAGAUUUGUCUCCUGCUUUCAGCGACCUCCUAGCUUAUAAUAAGGGAUGGCAAAAGUACUUUGGGCUGUGUUAGUACCAUGAAUCAUUUACAAUGUAUCCUCCAAGCACAGAGGAGUCUGAGGUGGGGGCCCUUGGCCUCUGUGUCCUGGCUGCUGCUCAGGACCUGCAGGACACACAGCAGUUUCUCCGGCGCUACAUGUCCCAGUGCAAAGGGACAGCAGGAGGAUGGAGUUCAGAAGGAUUUCAGUUCCAGGCUGGCCACUGGCCCGACUUUUCAGCAUUUUUUAAGAAGUGCUGCAGUUCCUCAAGAGAAGCUGUCUUCUCCAGAUGUGGAGGACUCACCCCCCUAUCUCACAGUGGAUGAACUUUUAGGAAGGCAGAAAAAAGUGUACCUUGAGACCUACGGCUGCCAGAUGAAUGUGAAUGACACAGAGAUAGCCUGGUCCAUCUUACAGAAAAGUGGCUACUUACGGACCAAUAGCCUCCAAGAGGCUGAUGUGAUUCUCCUUGUCACUUGUUCUAUCAGGGAAAAGGCUGAACAGACCAUCUGGAAUCGUUUACAUCAGCUUAAAGUCCUGAAGACAAAACGGCCCCGCUCCCGAGGGCCUCUGAAGAUUGGAAUUCUAGGUUGUAUGGCUGAGAGACUGAAGGAAGAGAUCCUCAAUAGGGAGAAAACGGUGGAUAUUUUGGCUGGUCCAGAUGCCUAUCGGGACCUCCCUCGCCUGCUGGCUGUUGCCGAGUCAGGCCAGCAAGCUGCCAACGUGCUGCUGUCUUUGGAUGAGACCUAUGCAGAUGUCAUGCCAGUCCAGAUGAACCCCAGUGCUACUUCUGCUUUCGUGUCUAUUAUGCGAGGCUGUGACAAUAUGUGCAGCUACUGCAUUGUUCCUUUCACACGUGGCCGGGAGAGGAGUCGGCCUGUUGCCUCCAUUCUAGAGGAAGUGAGGAAGCUUUCUGAGCAGGGGCUGAAAGAAGUGACACUACUUGGUCAGAAUGUUAAUAGUUUUCGGGACAAUUCAGAAGUCCAGUUCAACAAUGCAGUGUCCACCAACCUCAGCCGUGGCUUCUCCACCAACUAUAAAACCAAGCGGGGGGGCCUUCGUUUUGCUCACCUUUUGGAUCAGGUCUCCAGAAUAGAUCCUGAAAUGAGGAUCCGUUUCACCUCUCCCCACCCCAAGGACUUUCCUGAUGAGGUUCUGCAGCUGAUUCAUGAGAGAGACAAUAUCUGUAAACAGAUCCAUCUACCAGCCCAGAGUGGAAGCAGCCGUGUAUUGGAGGCCAUGCGGAGGGGCUAUUCAAGAGAAGCUUAUGUGGAGUUAAUUCAUCAUAUCAGAGAGUUUAUUCCAGGUGUCAGCCUCAGCAGUGAUUUCAUUGCUGGCUUUUGUGGUGAGACGGAGGAAGAUCACCUCCAGACGGUGUCUUUGCUUCAGGAAGUUCAGUACAACAUGGGCUUCCUCUUUUCCUACAGUAUGAGACAGAAGACACGGGCAUACCACAGGCUGAAGGAUGAUGUCCCACAAGAGGUAAAAUUAAGGCGUUUGGAGGAACUUAUCACCGUCUUCCGAGAAGAAGCGACAAAAGCCAAUAAGACCUUUGUGGGUCGUACCCAGCUGGUGCUUGUGGAGGGGCUCAGUAAACGCUCUGCCACUGACCUGUGUGGCCGGAAUGAUGGAAACCUGAAGGUGAUAUUCCCUGAUGUAGAGAUGGAGGAUGUCACUAACUCUGGGUUCAGAGUCAGAGCUCAGCCUGGGGACUACGUGCUGGUGAAGAUCACCUCUGCCAGCUCUCAGACCCUUAAAGGACAUGUGCUCUGCAGGACCACUCUGAAGGACUCUUCAGCAUAUUGCUGACCUGAGGGAUGGCCUCGAGCUGACGUGGGCAGUCCUUCCCACGUCAUUACUGAAAGAGGUAAUGAAGCUUUGAAGACAAACCACAAGUGGUGAAGCAACUUUAUGUCAAAUGGAAAAUGCAUCUCUUUGCUGCUACAUGAACAGGCUUUAUAAUCAUUAAAUUGAUUUAAACUGAAGU